AUGCAUGCUAGUUCGGGAUCUGAUCACUCGAUUACCAUUAGAGACGACACUCCCAUCUCAAACGGCGAAAAGAGGAAUAGUCAAGAACAACCUAUCACAAACAUCGGACUGUCAAGAUAUUACGUCUUCAACAACAUCUAUCUACCCGAAAAUCUGAACAUUAGAGACAAUAAACCUUCCCACAAAUAUCAUGAGGGGCAAGCACAGAACGAAAUUAGCUUCGAAAGAAUACAUACGCAUCCCCAGGAGAUUCCUCUCGUUAUCUAUACCGGCCCUUCCCCAGAUACCAAGAACCACCAAGCAGAACGUUUGAAUGAUAAAUACGAUCAAUUUACGGAGUUUCAUUUUCCAAAGGAUCCUCAUACACCUUUCAUAUAUGAUACUAGGGGUUAUCGCGGAUACAAGACUCAAAGGUUUUCUGAGUUUGCGGCAGUACCAAGAACAAGUCAUAAGAAUGGGAAAGCUGUUUCUAAAUCUUUUACACAAUUCCAAUUUCCAAACUUCUACCUGAGCAAUAAAGGGAUCGAUAUUAGACGUGCCCGUGUCUUGCAAUGUGAUCGUGCUACCACUAAGGUGAUGACUAUGACCCACAGUGGUGGUCUUACCAAGCAAGAUGAAAAUAAAGCUCGACGUACCAAGCCACCUGAUUUGGCAUGUACCACACCUCUUACUCGUGAUUUGCCUAAUACAUGUAGGUUUGUCAAUGUAAAGCAAGAGGAAGACAGCAUGACACCUAGUCGUCAUCCUGUUUAUAAUGAAUCCAAAUUCAAACACUCAACUUCUCAAAUACGUCCGUUUACCGAUAGCGAGUCGAUCAAUCACAGGACCAAGUCUUUUAUCGACCUUACGGGCCCCCUUGAAUCUAAUUCUUCGUCAAAUCAUCGAAGUCAGCAGCAAUACACAAGCGAUCCUGAAUCAUUGAAACCAGUAUCCACUGGCAAGUGCCAAAAGAGAGAGCCUAUUAUAGACCUAACAUUGGAUUCUCCUAUUAGGAAAAAACCAUUCAAGAGGCUUCAGGUCACGAAUAGUCACCAAGUUUAG